CGCUGGCUCUUCGCUGCGCCGGCUUCGGUUCCCUGUGGUUCCCCCAGGGGAGACGGCGUCCCACCGCCUCUGCAACCAGUUCGUCCUUCGAGGGACACCUCCUCCUCCUCCUCCUCUUCUUCUUCCUCUCAGGGCAGCACCCCCAGCCCCACGCGUGGCCGUCGGGCCGGGCACGGGGCGUGCGGGACCGCGUUGGUUUGGGGCACAGCGGCUCUCCGGAGCUCCCUCACCUCCCUCACCUCACCUCACCCUCGUCCCUCCCCCCGCUGCAUUUUUCCCCCUUCUCUUCCCUCCUCCUGCAGCUAGUUAAAUAUUUCUUUUGGUAAUUGACGCCCCCGGUGGUCCCGGGCCCGGCCCGGCCGUGUGCACGCCCAACGUCGAUCUCUCCGGCAGUGCCGGGCGGCUCUGGGCAGCGGUAGCAGCAGCAGCAGGAGGAGGAGAAGGAGAAGGAGGUGAUGUAAAAGGUGCUGUGAGCACAAGGCAGAAUUUAAAUGUCACUCAGAGCAUCCCCAAAUCAGCUUUCUACUCGUCUCUGGUUUCUUCUGAGGCAUUAAUUGGAUCACACGCUGCAUUUGGAGAGCUCGGGUGGCUCAGCCACGAAGGAAAUUUGCUCCAUCUCCAGCAGCAACCACUGCUCCUUUUGAUGUUGUGGUACGCCGUGCGCAUGCGCCUCACAUUAGAAUUACUGCACUGGCCAGAAUAAGUUGGAUCUCUUCUUCUCUUCACUGAAAACCUAAAUCAUAUCAAAAGCUAAAGGGAUGCUGAGAGUCCGGAAGAAGGGUUACUUUGGAAUUUGGUCCUUCCCUUUAAUAAUCGCCGUGGUCUGUGCUCAGAGUGUCAAUGACCCUAGUAAUAUGUCACUGGUAAAAGAGACCGUGGAUAGACUGCUGAAGGGCUAUGACAUUCGCUUGAGGCCAGAUUUUGGAGGUCCCCCCGUGGCCGUUGGCAUGAACAUAGACAUUGCCAGUAUAGAUAUGGUGUCAGAAGUCAAUAUGGACUAUACCUUGACAAUGUACUUUCAGCAAGCCUGGAGAGAUAAGAGGCUGUCGUAUAAUGUAAUACCUCUAAACCUUACUCUGGACAAUAGAGUAGCUGAUCAGCUAUGGGUUCCCGAUACCUAUUUUCUGAAUGACAAGAAGUCAUUUGUACAUGGUGUCACUGUGAAGAACAGAAUGAUCCGUUUGCAUCCAGAUGGGACAGUUCUUUACGGACUAAGAAUUACAACGACAGCUGCUUGUAUGAUGGACCUACGGAGAUAUCCGCUGGAUGAGCAGAAUUGCACGCUGGAGAUUGAGAGCUAUGGCUAUACAACAGAUGACAUUGAAUUUUAUUGGCGAGGGGGUGAUAAUGCAGUCACAGGAGUGACAAAGAUCGAACUGCCACAGUUCUCCAUUGUAGACUACAAGCUUAUCACCAAGAAUGUUGUUUUCUCUACAGGUGCCUACCCAAGGCUGUCUCUCAGCUUUAAACUUAAGAGAAACAUAGGUUACUUCAUUCUACAGACCUACAUGCCUUCUAUUCUGAUCACUAUCCUGUCCUGGGUUUCCUUCUGGAUUAAUUAUGAUGCUUCAGCUGCAAGAGUUGCUUUAGGAAUCACAACUGUACUCACAAUGACAACAAUUAACACCCAUCUUCGAGAGACUCUUCCCAAAAUUCCAUAUGUGAAAGCCAUUGACAUGUAUCUCAUGGGAUGUUUUGUCUUCGUUUUCAUGGCUCUGUUGGAGUAUGCUUUGGUCAACUACAUCUUCUUUGGCAGGGGACCUCAGCGUCAGAAGAAAGCAGCAGAAAAAGCUGCCAGUGCCAACAAUGAGAAGUUGCGAAUGGAUGUCAAUAAGGACAGAAGAAUAAUUGGCACAUAUCAUUGUCCAGAAAUGUAUUCAACAAAGAUGGAUCCACAUGAAAAUAUUUUGUUGAGCACACUUGAAAUUAAAAAUGAGAUGGCUGCCUCUGAGGCUGUGAUGGGGCUUGGGGACCCUAGGAGCACGAUGCUGGCCUAUGACACUUCAAGCAUCCAGUACCGGAAAGCUGGCUUACCCAGACACAGCUUUGGUCGCAAUGCCCUGGAGCGGCACGUGGCACAGAAGAAAAGUAGGCUACGGAGACGUGCAUCUCAACUGAAAAUUACCAUCCCUGACUUGACUGAUGUAAAUGCCAUAGAUAGAUGGUCACGCAUAUUCUUCCCUGUUGUUUUUUCCUUCUUCAAUAUUGUCUAUUGGCUUUACUAUGUGAACUAAGAAACAAAGCCACACAGGAAGCAAGAACUGGAUUUCUCUUCAAAUCAGUUGUACAGCCAAAAGUGGGACUUAGAAAAAUUCUAUUCAGGACAAAAAGUUAUUUUAAAACACCUUAGUUGCUGGCCCACUCUCUGGUCUGCUUUUGUAACAUUGUGGUUAUUCCUGCUAAAUCAUAAAUAUGUACAUUUGCAGUAUAGACACAUACCCUUAUCAAACUAUAAGUGCAUUCAAAUGCAAAUGCAAAUUAGAUUCUGACAAUCAUCUCUGUCUCACUCUCCCCCGCAAUCUUCUUUUAGUGCUCAUGUAAGUUUAGUGACACAAAUUACAGGUGUAACAGGUUUUAAUUUCAACAGCAGUAUAUACCAUUCCCUGUGAAACUGUGUACAAGACAUGCAUCUAAACUUAAGAGAGUGUACUGCUAUCAUGCUUAUAAAACACACGGUUUACCUUUUAAAGGUGUAAACUUGAAAACAAGUAGUGCCUAUCAUCUUUCCAAGAUGAUGAUGCUCAGAGGUUUCCCAAUCAUAUUCAGGUAUUUCCUGUUUAUUAUAUGAGCUAAACCUUUGACUGAUAAUAUUAGGGUUGGGUGUUUGCACAGAUGCUGAAGCAUAAAGCACUAGUUUUGUUUGGGUUUUAAAGAGAUAGCAUAUGCUUGGAGUCUCAAUGACUGUGGUUGUGAUCUGUAGAGGAAUGUAGCAGUGGUAUAAAAAUGAAUCAAGUGAUCAUGUCCUGAAUAGGUAAGACAUGCUGUUGUUUUGUGUUGGGGAAGGGGAAUCAUUUUUCCAAUGUGCCAAAAGUUGGUUGGCCAGAUAAUUCUCUAGGUGGCUGAAGGAAAUCAAUGGUGCCCUGGCAUUCUACUGAAAGGCAGAGAACAGUUAAAAAUCAAGCACCAAGAAAAAACAAGGCUACAUACGCUAAGGCUACAUAAGAGUGUGUGUGUGUAUAUAUGUCUGUGUGCAUUCCUAUACCUACUUGUCUGUGUAUACAGGCAUAAAUACACAAACAUUGCAAAUGAAUGUUGUCAAUCAUAGUAUGUACCUUAGUCUGAAAUAUUCAUGUGGGUUUGUGUGAUUUCUUAAAAGUUUGCAGUCUCUUUAGUGUUAUGCUUGUCACUGUCAUUAUGCUUAACACAUAACAUUCAGUUUGAUUAAAGUUAUCAUACCUCUUUCAACAGUAAAUAUCUGAGCAUAUGUAUGUCAGUACAAAGAUACUGACAGGGUAUUUUCUCAGUCUGGAGUAGGUAAUACCAUUUCACAUUUUGUUUUGCUUUGAUUAAUGUACUAUUUUAAAGGGAAAGAUUUGGUAGCUAUCGCUUUAAUAGUUUACUUACACUGUAGCAUCAUAAAGUGGUUUGGGUUGGAAGGGACCUUAAAGAUCACCCAGUUACAACCCCCUGCCAUGGGUAGGGACAUCUCCCAAAACUCCGGGCUAUUCAAAGCCCCAUCCAGCCUGGUCUUGAGCACUGCCAGCGAUGGGGCAUCCACAGCUUCUGUGGGCAGACUGUGCCAGUGCCUCACCACCCUUUUGCAAGUCUCCUGCUUUAGGAUGUUUUCCAUUGGACAAACUAGCAAAAUUCAUUUUUUGCUGUAGGAAACUUGUUUAAGGUAUUUUUUUAUAGAGCUUUAAUUUUAUAGGCAAAACAGAAUAGACAAAAAUAAAAUUUUAUAGGUUAAAGUGGAGUUUGCCAUUUAGUCCAUUGUGGAAACAUUUUCUGUAAUGAAAAAAAUAAACAUUUCCAAGAAUGGUAUAAAAAGUGUAAAUUCCUGAUGGCUUUUAAAAAUCAGAUCCGCAGUCUUGUUUAACAGAAAAUAUUGAAACAAAAGCCACAUGCUAUUGUAUCUAUGCUACCUCUCAUUUGCGUACAUAUUUCUGAAAUAAAUUCCAAUUCCAGUACCUUCCAACUAACAAAAGAUUUUUUUUCAGACAGUUACUAUUUCCCUGUUUAACUUUGGCAAUGCUUUAAAGUAGUUCAUAGGAACACUUUUCAUAAAAUAUUUUUGUUGUUGUUGUUCUUGCUUUAAGUAAUUUUCUUGCAAAUUAGUGUGUUUGGUUCCCCCUCACCCCCCAUUAACAGUCAAUGACAGUGAUGGGAACAAAACAGUUCUGUGAAAUAAUAAGUGAUUUUCUGACUUUGCUUUGAGCAUGUGGCAUGCUUAUUUCCUUUUCCAAUGAGGAGAGAACAGUUUUAAGCCAGAAAAGGGAUUUGCUGGGCAUAGACACCAUCUAUUGUUCUCAAUGGAGUUGUAUGUUCACGUACUACUUUCAGGUUUGGAGUCUGCAACAUGUAGGAGUCAAGCUUUCAUCAUAUGAUAAACUUUCCAAGUCAAAAAAUGUUGCUUUUUAAUUCAUAUACUUACUUUCUGACUGCAUUUCAUGCACAAUGCACUAGGCUGUGUAGAUGCAUGUGGAAUUUCAAGUGUUAGGAGUAAACCAUGUUGGAUUUUUUUUCCCAAUUCAAAGAAAACUUCAAAAGUGCCACAUUACAAUUCAGAAUUUCUUUUCAAAGUCUGUUCUUUAAUAAUGGUACCCAUUAUCAUAAAUAAAAGCCAUCUUAUAGUAUUCUUCUGUAGAAGUUUUUUUUUCAUUUCUUAAAUUGCUACCAACCAACCCUUUGUGUUUUUUCAUUUGUUAUUUAUUUAUUUAUUUCACAGAAGCAUAGAGUGAAUACAGGGAGCUGGCAACCUGUUUGUGGUUGAUACACCUCAAAUAUGAAACCCUACAGAGAAUAUGUUGACUCUCUGCAUUGAUUUACUGAAUGAGCUAAUUAUGAAAGCUGCAAAAACUGAAUCCUAGAACUGCACAUCAAUUUAUCUGAAGUUAUAGUAUAAGCCAUAAUACUCUCUGAUGUCACUAUUCAGAGCGUGAAAGAGAAUGUUUGGUUUCUGCUCAGGUACCACUAGGACAGAUGUAUUACCUGGGAGGAAGGAGCUCUUUUGCUUUUACUAUGUCCUUCUGGCUAUUAAUGUGAUAUAUAAACUCAGUGAAAGGGAAGGCUUCUUCCAGAAAAGGAGUGGUUAUCAUAUUUUACUAAGGCUGAACACUGUGAUACAAAAAGAUGCGGGUAAGAAAGACUGGUAAGGCACUGUCAAGGGAAAAGUAGAACUCAAGGUGAGCACUCCUCUUCUGAGAUACUUGAGUGAAAGUGAGAAAUUAUGACAAUGUACGUGAGAUAUGGGUUUUAAUGGGUGUGCUACCCUCCAGGUAAACAAGAAGAAAUUUGCUUUUGCUUUAGAACUGGCAGAAAAUCAACAUUCUAGAUCUUACUAAUCCUGUUGGUUGUUGUUAGUUUCAAUAAGCAAAAUAUAAAAGUUAAUAAUUUAGAUGAACCUUGUAAUGUAAUUAUAGUUGCACAUUUUAUUGUUCUACAAGACAUGAUAGCCAGCAAUUAAGGUGUUUUUCAUCUUUGUGAAAAUCUUGGGCAAAUUAUGACUGUAAAAUGGCACAGUUUUAAUGAAAUCUUUGAGAUCAAUCUGUAAAUAUCUACUGUAUAUGACUGCUAAUAAGUAUGAUAAACAUUUUCAGAACUGAAAAUCCAUGCAGCAUAUUUAUGUGUUUGCAUAAGGAAUGUUACGUUUCUUUCCUAUUACAGUUUAAUGACUGGGAAGAAAGACUCAAGCAAUGACAUUUUGAACAUUUAUUUUCUCAUUCCCAGGGGAGGAAAAUGGAUAACAGUAUGUCACAGAGUUCUUCAGAGAUUUUUUACAUUCUAAUACAAAAGACAUAAAAUCUGUAAGGUACAAAAGCACAAUGCAUAGAGAAAAUGAGAGGUUGUCUCACAACUGGGAAGCAAAUCCUACUUACUUCAGACAAAAUAUGCAUUAAAAUUAAAUACUUUUCAUUAUAAUUAUUAGUCAGUUACAAUUCUAUAAUUAACACAGUACUGAACAUAAGAGAACAAAUGUUAAACAUUAUCCAACUAUAUGUGCAUAUGGACAUAUGUCUAAAUGUCUGUAUGGACAUAUGUGUGUAUAUACACAAAUGAUGAGUGUAUAUAUAUGCACACACAUUCAUAUGUUGGUGUGUUAAAGGAAUAAGCUAAUAAUAGUUUUGUUUCUGCCAUCAAUCAGUGUAUGAAUAUAUUUUUGAAAAAAAAAAAAACAUUCAUGUAUUUAAAAAAAAAAAACAACUUACUAUACAGGGUAACUGGGCAUUUCUAUAUCAGCAGAUCAAUGCAUAUAAUUCAUAUGGAGCAUUGCACCAUUUGACAUGAUGAUAGUACUAUACCUCCUAGCAUCUGAAAUUAGACUAGCCCUCACAUUGCUUGCCUAUUUCUUCUCUCUCUUUUUAUAACAACAUUGUCCACUAGUAAGUUUUCAAAAACAGUCCUAAGGGAACCAAGAAAAAAUGACAAAAAUAUUAACUAUUUCUAGAAAAUAAUCUAGAGUGGGAUGGCCAGGGUACAAUACUAUAUCAGUAGAGAUCAUAACAUUUUGCUAUGUGUACAUAAAACAUUAAAUGUGAGCAACCAUAACUUAAGCUGAGCGUGUGUAAAUAUUAUCAGAUUUCUUAAACAUUUUUAACUUCUAAUUUGUACUUUAUGGUAAGGCAAAAAGCUAAUUCUAUUUAUGGUUUAGAUUAAUGUGUCCUAAAAUUAUGUAAAUAAUUAAAUAAGCUGUAAAUGAGCAGUCAGUAGAUACAGUAAUUGUUUAGUGACUUUUUUUUUUACUAAGUACAAUAAUUGCAGUGCUCUAGCAGAGUAAUUUAAACACCCUUUUGCAUAAAAAGAUUUGGAUUCUAGAUAUAAAAAUGUAUUGAAAGUACUGUUGUGUAAAAUAGCCGCUGUGAUUCUAUUACUGCUAGCACAUUUUUUUUUAUUUUUUUUUUGGUAUGGUUAAAAUGUUCAAGCAGCAGAAGACAGUAGUCGGGCACUCAGUACUCAGAUAGCAUAAACAAAUAGGGCCUGAUUUUCACAUACAAUAAGGUACCUUUAUGUUGCUCCUGUGAGUGGUGAUAUGAAGGAAUCCAGGGUAGAUGAGAAUUCAGCUGUUAGUGAUUUUGUUACAGAAAGCCUGCAUACUGCGUCUGUUUCUGAAAUCUGUAUCUCUUAUGAUAUCUAAUAGUAGACUUACAGUUUUUCUUUCGAGAAAAAAAAAAGUUUGACUGUCGUUAGAUAGCAUAGUCCCCCCAAAGCCAAAGAAUCUUAACUCCAGAAAUUGUUUAAAAGGGAAAUCUAUUAAGUCACUGCUUAACACCAAAGGUAAAGCUUAAUAAAAUGCACUAGGAACUUUGUCUAAAUUUUUAAGAAGCAAAUGGAAUGUUGAUCAAAAAUACUGCCCAAUUUACUUUGUAAAAAUAGUAAUAAUUUAAAUAUCCAUUAAUAUUAAAUUGAAAUAGUUCAGCUGUACAAGAAUAUGCAACAGAAACAUUUCAUAAGUAUAAAAUUAUUUUCUUUGUAAGUGCUUUGACAAAAAAAAAAAAAAAAUGAUGAAAAAUCUCACAUAUACUUUCAUACUAAGGGUUGUAUUUUUUUAAUGUUUUUUCAGACAUAAGGUCAUCUAUUCCAAUUUGAUAAUGUUUUGUAUGUUUUCACUGUUAGUGUCAUUUGACAGAUAUUCACCAGGCUGUAUUGUUCAUGGUCUGUCCUGUUACUUUCAGUUGAAGACAAAAAGAACAUUUGAAACAUUAUUAAUUCUAACAAGCUAUGAUAUGAUUUCUAUCACAUUUUUAUUUGCAUGGGUGUUUAAAUGGUUCUGUUAGUACUGUCUUUGCACAGUUCUGAUUUAUCUUUUUUACUUAGUACAAUUUAAUUCAUAAUGUAGUAAUCAUCAGCCUUACUAAUGACCUUGUAGCCUUUCUUAUAUGCACAUAAUGCACAUUUUCCAAUGGCUAGAAAAUGCAAAAUACUAGUGGAUAUCAUCACAUCAGAUCUUCAUGUCUUUCUCAAAAGGACUGCUAACCUCUGGGAUAUAUGAGGUAGUAAAAUGAUGAUUGUAAAUGAGUAGCACAUAAGAGAUAUUUUCUUGAAUUUAAAAUUAUUGCAGCCAGUUUCAGCAUGUAAAUAUAUAAUAAUGUUGGCUAGUGUGUAAUUCUUGAACUAAAAAAAAAAUAUAAAUAAAGAAAACCUAAAAGAUGUA